AUUUCUAAGUUUGCUUGUCAUCGCGGCCGACAGAAAAUCGUAAACCAAUAUUUUAAUGUUAUUUACACUAUAUUAGGUGCAAUUACUGUUUAUUUGCUGAAUACCUAUAUUUACAGUUUUAUAAUAACUCAAGACCAUGAGUUCAAUCGGUACAGGAUAUGAUCUUUCGGCUUCACAAUUCUCGCCGGACGGUCGUGUGUUCCAAGUGGAAUAUGCCGCGAAAGCUGUAGAAAAUUCCGGCACAGUCAUUGGGCUGAGAGGGAAAGAUGGAGUUGUGUUUGGUGUUGAGAAGCUGGUGACAUCAAAGUUGUAUGAACCUGGUGCUAACAAGAGGAUCUUUCAUGUAGACGAACAUGUUGGAAUGGCCGUAGCAGGUCUCAUAUCAGAUGCAAGACAGAUCGUAGAAACAGCCCGUUCAGAAGCAUCCAACUACAGAUCACAGUACGGCAUCCAGGUGCCUCUGAAGUACCUCAAUGAACGUGUCUCCAUGUACAUGCACGCCUACACCUUGUACAGUGCUGUCCGUCCUUACGGUUGCUCCGUUGUGAUGGGCACGUGGACGGAUUACGAAGGACCACAGAUGUACAUGUUGGAUCCUAGUGGAGUUUCAUUUUCUUACUUUGGCUGUGCUGUAGGCAAAGCGAAGCAGGCUGCUAAGACUGAAAUUGAGAAGCUGAAGCUAGCCGAUUUGACUGUCAAAGAUCUUGUUAAGGAAGCUGCCCGGAUCAUCUACCUAGUCCACGACGAGCUCAAAGACAAACAGUUCGAGUUAGAACUGUCCUGGGUGAGCCAGGCCACCAAAGGCAAGCACGAAAUGGUCCCUCGCGAGGUGGCUUCGGAAGCCGAGAACCAGGCCAAGCAGGCGUUGGCCGAUAUCGAGGAUUCCGACGAGGGCGAGAUGUGAAUGAGUUAGUUAAUAAAUUUUUAUUAAUACA